AUGGAUGCCUCCAACGCCAACGUCAAGGUUUUCUGUCGCGUGCGGCCGCCCAACGAGCGCGAGCGCGGCAAGUGUGUGACCGUCCCCGCCUCGGACGGCACGCAGCAGACGGUUUUCCUGCACAGCAAACAUGGUCCAUCCAGGACCUUCACAUUUGAUCGCGUGUUCGGCGAGGAUGCCUGCCAGAACGACGUCUUUGAGGUCGUAGGGGCGCCCAUUACUCGGGCCUGUCUUGAGGGCUACAAUGGCACCAUCUUCGCCUACGGACAAACAGGAUCAGGCAAAACGUUCACGAUGCAAGGACCCGACGAUGUCAUCGACACUGAGGCCCAGAGCCUCACUCGAGAGCAACUUGCACUGCGUGGCCUCGUGCCGCGAGUAUUCGACUACCUUUUCGACAACGUCGUGGCCAAAGACAGCCGGAAGAACGUGCAACAUACAUUCGCAUGCUCCUUUCUGGAGAUUUACAAUGAACGAGUAUACGAUCUGCUGGAUGGAGGCAGUGCGAAGGACGCAGCAGGACUGCAACUGAGGGAAAACGGACGCAAAGGAGUCCACGUGGAAGGACUGAUCGAAAGCGUCGUGGCCAACUCGAAAAAAGCAGCGGAGCUCAUGACGGUUGGAGCGCAGAACCGGCGAGUGGGGCAAACGUCUAUGAACAGAGAGAGCAGUCGGUCGCACAGUGUGUUCAUCCUGCAGUUGCAGUCCAAGGAGAUGACAGCGGAAGGGACCAAGAUUCGCACGUCGAGGUUUAAUCUGGUGGAUCUAGCAGGCUCCGAGCGACAGCGAAGUACUGACGCAGCAGGAGAGCGACUAAAGGAAGCAGGAAGCAUCAACAAGUCGCUCUCUGCGCUUGGAAACGUCAUCAUGGGACUAUCGGAGCAGUCGGUGGGCAAGCAUCGCCACGUCCAUUACCGCGACUCCAAGCUGACGUUCCUUUUGAAAGAUUCGCUGGGUGGCAACUCCAAAACGUUCAUGGUCGCAACCAUCUCGCCGGCCGAAGAUUCCUCGUUCGAGACGCUCUCAACUCUCAAGUUCGCACAGCGAGCAAAGAUGAUCCAGAACAGCGCAGUCGUCAACGAAGACUCAGUCGGCAGUGCGCUUUUCUUGCAGGAAGAAAUCCUGCGGCUUAAGCGACAACUGCAGCAAGCACAUCAAGAAAUCGCUCGGAAUAUCCCGGGAUCAAGUGUGCUCCAGCAAGGAGCGACACCGUUCGAGAGCGCGUCAAGUCAAGACUCAUUCGCCCCCUCUUCACGGCAAUUAGGACCGUGUGAUCCUGCCAUUGACAGCCGAUUCCGUGAGCUGGAGGAAUCGUUUGCGACGACUGCCGAGAAGAGUGACCGACUACAGCGUUCAUGCGAGUUUCUGCAGCUUCAGAAUGGGCACUCCCAGGCGCUUUGUACGGAGCUAAAGCAGCAUGUUGCUCACUUGAAAAUGAUGCUUCGACUGCGAGGAAUUGGCGGCCCGGGAGCUCAUGAGUAUAAACCGACAGCUGACGCCAUUGAGUGGAGAAUGAAGUAUGAAGAGAUGGAAGAACGCUUUGUGGAACUUCAGGACGAGCUGCAGCGCAGUGGAAUGGAAGACGCCGGCGCCACUGGCAAGAUCAACAGCGAAGUGGAAAGCCUCAACUUGAUGCUGCUAGGUCUGACGAAGCAGCUGGCGUUUGUGCUGCGUGACAAGCACGAUCUUCAAGACCGAUUACUCGAGAACCAGUCGGAUAAGGGUGACAACAGGGAAGGACCAUCGACACAAGAAGUUGGCCAUGCGGAUUUUUCAGCUCGCUUAGAGGAGGCGCUAAGGCAGCAGGCGAGUGAGUACCAGGCGAAGCUGGACUCGGUCGCGUCAUUCAAUCAAUGCCUGGAAGAGAAAGCAGCAGACACGUCACUAGAGCUACAGCAGAUGAAGCAGCGUGAAGCUUCCUGGUCAAUUCAACGACAUGAUCUCGAGAGACAACUCGUAGAUUCCAGGGGAGCUCUACUGAGCGCAGAGAAAGCUCAUUGCUCGACCAAGAGCUUGUUGAUUCAAGAGAAAAGUAAGGUUGAGGACUUGGAGAUGAAGCUGAAGCGAGUACAAGAAGGGAUCCGCCUCGAGUUCGACGCUGCGUUGGCUGAUGCAUCCACCGCUAACGAAGGCCUUGAGAACUCGAAGAUGCUGCUACAGGAGCAGCUAUCAGCGGUGGCUGCAGAGCUCAACAAGCGUGAGCUUCAGGCCCAAGAAGCCGAACAUGCGUUUGUCCAACUGAAGAAGGAAAUGGCUCAUCUUGAAGAAGCCAACCUGAAGACGGUGAUGCAACUUGGAGAGGCCCGAGACGAGUUGAAGGAGGCUACACAGCAGGCAGCUCACCUAAGAGCUCGAGUUGGUGAUUGCGAGAAGACAAUUGAUGUGCUGAAACGCGCUGAGGCUGCAGUGACUGAGGAGAGGACGAUUCUGGAACAGAAGCUGGAGGAAUCCAUUAAUUGUAUCCGACAGCUGCAGGAGGAUGCCAAUGCUACUGCUCAAAAACAUUCAGAAGCGAUCGAGGCAUUGCAGCGUCAAGCGCAAGAGGAAGAGCACAAGCUAGCUGAGGACUUCGAGACGCGGCUUCGUGUAAGAGACGAGCAACUUCAGCAGCUUCACGAUGAGUUUGACGACCAUCGAGCCAAGGCAGAAGAAGCUGAUCGUCUUCACAGCUCAAAGCUGGAGGACAAGGAGGCAGCACUUGCAGAACUUCAACGCCAACUUGACGCCCAGGAACAGGAAUCCAGGCAAGCGCUGGAAGAUGCACAGAUGAAGUUGUCGAAGGCUCUUGACGAUGCCUCUAGACUCUCUGAAGAAAAGAGCCAGGUCGACGCAGAGCUUUCCUUGGCAGCUCAACAGCUUGGGCGUCUUCAGGCUGAUGUGAAGGAGCUUGAAACGGAGAAGAAGGCAAUGGCUAGUGAGACUGAGAGGUUAUCGGAACGUACCGAGGAGUUGGCUGUGAAGGCGAGCGAGCUGGAUGAGCAGAAUACUGAUCUGAAGAAGACGCGCGAGCUACAGCAAGCUCAGCUGUCGGAAUCGGAAGAGACCAUCAGCAAGUUCAGGCAACAAGUUGGGGAACUUGAGCAACAGAUCACAACACGCUCGAACGAAGCUGCCGACCUGCGCAAGGGUCUCGCUUCAGCACAAGAAGAUCUUUGUCAAGCUGCGAAUACCCAAGCGCAGCAGGUUGAUGAGCUUUCCUGCAGAGCAACUAAGAUUGCCGAGCUGGAGAAGGAAAUCGCAGCAAGCAAGGAUACUGUGGAGCACCUGACUACAAGGCUCGAGAAGGCAGAGGGCGAGAUUCGAGCUGCUGAAGGGACCGCUUCUCACCAGCGAGAAGAGAUUAUGAUGUACAAGGGGAUCCAGUCUACACUGCGUGACGAGUUGAAAGGGCUUGAGUUCGAUCGUCUGGAGCUGGCCGAGUCUUUGAAAACGGAGCAAGAGUCCAAACAGGGGCUGGAGGAGAAGUUCGCGGAAGCUCGAGAAGCCUGGGCGGGCGAGAAGAAGAAGAUAGCAGAGCAGGCUCAGGAAUCGAUUUUGGCUCUUGAGAAGCGCGUGGAGGAGUUGGUUCUCAGUAAAGAAGCACUGUCCACAUCGAGACACGAACUGGAGCAGAAUAACGAGGCCCUCAAGGCGUCAGCUGUGGAGAAGGACAGGAAAGUGCAAGAACUUUCGGGUCGCGUCGCCGACAGGGACGAUAAGAUCCUUGACUUGGAGGCGAGCACUGCAGAAACACAGGGGCAACUCGCCGGCACUGUUGCUGAGCUGCGAAGCGCUGUACGCGACCUUGAGCUUCAGUCAGCAGAACAGCAAAGCGCUCUGUCGAAACAAGAGACGGAGCUCGCUGAGAAGGAGGCUGCUCUAGCGGAGAGAGACGACGCCAUUGUAUCGUUAAAAGAACGUGCGAGCCGUGACGAAGCUGCGUGGGAUGUGAAAGCCCGGGAGUAUAAAGCUGCGUUGGAGGCCACAGAUGGCCGUGUGCAGGCGCUGGAGCAGCUGGUUGCGGAGAAGACAGCGGUGUUUGCAAAGGCUAAGGAAGCACUAGUGGCGGAGACCCACUCACUUGAGCAGAAACUGGAGGAAGGCGAGGAAAUCUUAGCGCAGCAGACCGAGCAGCUGAUGCUGGAGAUCAAACAGCUCGAAGCGAACAUCGAGGGCAAGGACGCAAAGCUGCAGCUUGCUAACAGAUCGCUGAUCCAGUUGAAGGACACGGAGGAUGAUCGGAGAGCAAAAGUCCAAGAGUUGCAGAUCGCACUUGAGGAACUUGAGGCCAAGCACAACUCGGUUGUUGCAGAGAACACGAAGCUCAAGCAGAAGGCAGUAGCUGAGCUGAAGGAGCAGGAAGAGGAGCUUAAACGUCGACGGAGGGAGAUCGACGCUGCCGAAGAGCACAGUAAGUCUGUGCAGAAGGCGCUGGAGGCACAACAGGCUGCAGCUGAGAGCGCGUUAAAGGAGGCCAAGGCCAAGGCAGUAACGCUAGACGAGCUUGGACAGGCGAAGCGCAAGUUCUUAUCGGAGAAGGUGAGGCUGCAGCGGGAGAUCCAGAGUCUAACCAAGAAACUGGAGACAGUGUCGAACGAGAAAGAGAAGCUGGUUGGCCACCACAACAGCCGCCAGAAGAUUCAGCAUCAUGUCAAAGUGAAGGAGGAGAACAAUCGCCUUCUGGACCAGGUACGGCAACUAACUGACGACAAGGCCAAACUGCAGCGCUCACUCGAGAGAUUCCGAGCGAUUCCUAAGGAGAAGGAGAACAUUGGCGUCGAGUCUUCAAGAAAUACGCCGGCGUCCGUGUCUCCCGGCUCCAGCACUUCAUCAAAAUCGCUUCCCACUAAACGCCCAAGUCUCGGUAGUGCGUCAAGUGCAACAGCUAGUACAGAAGCGUCUGCAGCAAGAGCUGCAGCACGAUUAACAACGCGAGGACGGCCUCGGUCUGCAUCGCCUGGACCAAUGAAGAAGCGCGUACGGACACAUUCAUCGGGACCAGGUUGGCAGAGAUAG